AUGGUUAUUGUAGACGCGACGACGCGUUUGACAAAAAGAGGAGACGAAAGAUCCAAACGCGGCGCUAAAGCUCCGUCCUCGACUACUCCUCCUCUUCACCAAACUAUCCGACAAAGACAAGGAACCCUAAUUUUUUACUCAAAUCCCAAAAAGAGAAAAACCGAGAAGGGGCUUCAAUUUCUAAAUCCUCACUUUCUCCCUCGCCUCUACCCCUUUCAUGUCUUCUCAAGUCGCCGACUCUCAUCAAGGGUUGUUGGUGCCUCAAACCCUAGAUUUCGAAAUUUCUCAUGCUUCUUUCAUUUCGUUUCCAUUGGAUCUCUCUCUGAAUCAGAUUACGCUCUUUUGCUGCUCCUCUCCAAUUUCUUCUCCGUUGCGUUGUAUGUGCCAAUUAUGAGUGAUAAGAAGGUGUUUGUGUUUGGAUCCUUUACAGAAAACGAAACAAGGUCAUUACUUGAGAAGAAACCCAUCAAAGCUUCUCAGAAUCACAAAGAUAAGUCUGUGGGAAGUAUACAAUUCGGCUCCUUGAGUCUUGCUGCCAAAAACUCUUCAGUAAAUACCAAUGGCGAGUUGAAGAAAAGUCAGGCCGAUGGGACAGUUAAAUCUCGACCCUCCAGCUCUCAUAAGGAAGAUAAAAGUAUUCUUCAGUCCGCUGGCUCUCAAAAGACUCGUGAUGCUUCUAAAGCUGAUAAGAUCAAAGAUAAUGAUGCAAAGCUCCCUAGAAAACACUCAUCAGGAGUUGCAGAGCUUGUGAAAGAAAAUGGAAUCACAAAAGAGGUGUUUGAGAGAAGUUCUCUCAAUAAUGGUGUGGCGGUGAAAGCAGAUCCUAUUGGUUUGGAUGAGCUGUGUGUGUCAGAUGGUGAGAGUGAUUCUUUGUAUAAAGCUUCGAACUCGAAAUUCCAAGCUCUGGACAGCGAGAGUUUGUCAAGUGAUUCUUCAUCUGGCAGCGUACCAAGAAAGAAAAGCCAGAUUGUUCCUCCUACUGAAUCUCUUCCGCCUGUUAAAGACUUCACACCAAGAGGAUUAAUAAACGCUGGGAAUUUGUGCUUCCUCAAUGCUACUCUGCAGGCUUUACUCUCAUGUUCUCCUUUUGUGCAGCUCCUCCAGGGAAUACAACUCCAAGAUAUUCCAAAGGCUGAGUCUCCAACCUUGGCUGCAUUCUCCGAGUUCAUCUCUGAAUUAGAUGCGCCGAGCAGUUCAAGCUUCAGAAAUAAUGUUGCCGUCGUGGAGUCUGGUAGACCUUUUACACCUGCUAUGUUCGAGGGUGUCCUUAGAAAAUUUACCCCAGAUGUACUCAACAACAUGUCUGGCCGGCCAAGACAGGAAGAUGCUCAGGAGUUUUUGAGUUUUAUAAUGGACCAAAUGCAUGAUGAGUUGCUGAAACUCAGGGAACAGUCCCCCAAAGUUACUGCUUCUAAGCCAUCAUCGGUUGUUUCUUCUGCCGACGAUGAUGAUGAAUGGGAAACAGUUGGACCCAAGAACAAAUCAGCUGUGACAAGGACACAAAGCUUUGUUCAUUCUGAGCUCAGUGAUAUAUUCGGUGGGCAGCUAAAAAGCGUAGUGAAGGCUAAAGGGACCACAGAUUCUGCUACUCUACAGCCAUAUCUCUUACUUCACCUUGAUAUUCACCCAGAAGCCGUGAGAACAAUAGAAGAUGCAUUGCGUUUGUUCUCUACCCCAGAAGAUCUUGAAGGGUAUCGAGCCUCUGUUACUGGGAAGGCUGGUGUAGUGAGUGCUAGAAAGUCGAUAAAGAUACAGGAACUCUCAAAGAUAAUGAUACUGCACCUAAUGCGCUUUAGCUACGGAAGCCAAGGGAGUACUAAGGUGCAUAAACCCGUUCACUUUCCCCUUGAACUCAACUUAGGCCGUUACCUUCUUGCUUCUCCUUCCAACAAGGGCUUAAAAUAUGAACUUGUGGCGACUAUCACCCACCAUGGAAGGGAUCCUUCAAAAGGGCACUACACCACAGAUGCUCGACGAAAGAACAGUCAAUGGCUUAGGUUUGACGAUGCAUCUGUGACUGCGAUUGGGGCAAAACAGGUUUUGCAUGACCAAGCCUAUGUCCUAUUCUACAAGCAAGUGUAA